UGGGGGGUUAGAGCCCGGGCAGACGGUCAUGUUCUUUAAACGCCUCUUCUUAGGCCCCACAAUAUGGUGCUUGCCACUUAACUCUUCUGAUGGAAUUGAACGUAAUUAUCGGAUUACCGGGCUGGCGCUGUGAAGCUGGCAAUAUUUACUAUACCUCGGCCAUGUCGCCGUGCUCGGACACUCACUUCUGUUUGGGACCUAAGAAAAAGCUUCUUAAACCCUUUUUUUUUUUUUUUUUUGUAAACAUAUGCAAUAGAGACUCCCUUGUGUUGGUGAAGCCAUGGUCGAGUGUUGUGUGAAGUCCAAGUGGAUGCAGCAGUAGCAUCAUAAAAGAUUCUUUCACAGAGGCAAGGAAUAGCACUCAUCUCGCUAUUUUGCUAUGUCUGUGUCCUCUCUUCCGGAAUGGAAGCAAGUCCUGUUGGAGAAAAAGAGGCGGGAGGAAGAGGAGCGAGGGAGGAGAGAAAAAGAGGAGGAGGAGAAGUUUGCCAACAUGCCUGCAUGGAAGCGAGGAAUCAUUCAGCGGCGAAGGGGAAAGCAAGAAGUCCUGGUUGACAGGGAGAAGGAAAUAGAGUCUUCUGUCCUUCAGGUGGAUGCUCGACCUCCCUCUGAUGGACUGAGUGACACAGACAGCUCUGUAACUGUCAAUCAAGGAAACGAACAGUUACUCAGUCCAGACCCAGGCCAGUGGGUCGAUGCCGAACCCAAACCAGCAAGUGAGGUGUCUGUAGAAACCAUAGUUCCAGUCCAUGAAAACCCAUUUAUUCGCACACAGAGUGUGUGGAGGAAGGGGAAGGAAGGAGCUGUUGGCUACCACGAAGUGGAACCUAAAGAGAGGGACAAAGAAAAACUAAACCCUAGGAGUCAUGACGGGGAGAGAGGAAGAGGGAUGAAUAUCGAGCAGAAAAUCGAGAGAUUGAGAGAUUUGAGCGAAGGACGAAACAAUGAGAGGAGCAGAGACCGGAGUCAAGGAAGGGAAAAUAACAGGGAGGACAAAGGUCGUAGGAAAGAUGUAGCCAAGGAGAAAGAAUUCCCUAAAGAGGAAAACGAAAGUUCUUUUUCUCCCUUAGUCCCUUGUCUCCGAACCAUCCAUGCAGACAAUAUCAUCAUCAUCGAACAAGAGCGGCAAGGCAGUGACGAGAGACGAGCUAAAUGGAGGGAGAUGGAGGUGGAGAGGUCUGAGGAGGACUCGCAAGGGAAUAGAGGGAUGAAGAUGGACUUGAGGGAGAUUCUGGCCGGAGGAGCAAGUGUGACCGAGAUCCGAGCGUCGGAUGUUCUCAUCAUAAAGCCCACGGCGAGCAUGGAAGAGAGGACCUCUUUAGGUGGCAAAGUGUCCGGGAGAGAGGAUGGAGAUUGUACCGCAGAGGGAAAGAGGGAGCUGAGAACUAAAGAGAAAGAGAGACUCUUCGGCCACACCACAAUGAUAAAGGGGAACAGGAGGGACAGCUUGGAUGACAAUGUUUUUCAUGAAAAAGGAGGACGAGUUAGCCAGCUGCUCACUAAAUUUGGAGAACACCGCAAGCCUCCAUCUAGAUCUAAAAGUUCAGAUAACUUCCUCCGACCCGGAAGGAGGAAACACUCAGAGGAAAACAACGAUGAACAACCUAAGGAGAGGAUGUCUGAUGGGAGAAACGGGCCGCUUAAAGGAGUACCAAAACGCUCCUUUAGUUUUUCUGAUCGGGUCAUCAGCGCUAAGGAGAACGGCUUGGAUCCAGAUGUGUGUUUCAAGAGGAAAACCAGUGAAAGGAUAUAUUCAGACCGGAGCGCGGCAGGCUCAGGGAAGGAAAUACCGACAAAGUGCAAAAAAUGGUGCGCACGGCUUUUAGAUCAAAACAAGUUCGUAAAAUGUGUACAAUCAAGCAACGAAGAGAUACAAAGGAGAAGUGAAACAAGAACAGGAUUCCCAAAUAAGACUGAGGUCAAGAGGUUAGACCGGGUUGAGAGGAGGGUCGGAGGAAUGGCAGCCGAUGAAGACAGCGAAGGCUUUACGAUGGCGUCUGUCAAAAGCACAGAGGGAAUCUCUUUCGCAAAGAGAAUACCAAUUAGGCAAGAUGCGAAGACGAGGACGACGGAAAGAGCAGUGAAGCGAGUCGCCGAGAAAAGGGAGACGAGUGCAGAGGACGAUUUACACUCGGGAAGACAAAAUCGAGACAAAACAGCUUUUGAAAACCCUGAUGCAUCCUUCAGACUUGAAUCAGACCACAAAGAGUACUCUGGUCUGCUCAGUACUGUAGUAGAAAAAGGGGCGGAGAGGAGUGUGUUAUCCUGUCAAACAGAGGAACUCCUCAGCAAAAUAGAAAAAGUGGGAGACGCAAGUGAUUAUACCAAUGAGAGGAAGCAGGGGAGACAAGUUACUGAUGACAGCUCAGUUGCCAGAGCUCCGAGGAUCCCUCCGAUGGGUAGCCCGCCAGGUGCCCUUGAGAUCCAAAUCCCCAGGACCGUGUUUUAUGUUGCAGAAGAGAUGGGGAGAAAUAAGUCCUCAAGUCAAUGCAAGGAAGAUAAAGGCUCUGAGGGAGGAUGUGGAGUGGAGAGAAGGGACAGCUGGAGAAUUGGCAAGCCCUUGAGCCGCAUUGAGUCCCUGCGAGAGAAAAUUAGGCAAAGAGAGCAGGAGAGGAGGAGGAGGGCACACGGCAUGGAUGGAGGUGAAGGCACAAGAGUCUCUGAUGCACAGACAGCGGGGGACGUAUGUGAGGAGAAGGGAACUGAAAAACCUGCUGCACAUUUGCAGAAGACAAAGGUUGCAGCAGAGAGCGGUGAGGAUGACGCAGAGGCCCAGACAUCCGUGACUGCGUUUGACAUUGCACAGGAAGUCGGUGUGUUGAAAAAAUGCCCCCAACUUCCUGUUUCUGUAAAGCACUCGCACACUGUGGACGGAGAAGAAGUAAGUAGCGAUCUUGCGCAUGUUCCCUCCGAAGAUACCGGUGAAUGUCUUCGAAUAUCUGAGGACGAACCCGACUCUGCGAAGCAUGUGGAGGAACUGAUUUGCCACAGAAGCCAGGAAGAGGAGGAAGACAAGGAAGUCUCCGAAAAGAAAGUGGAGAAACACACGUCGUCCUCCGAUCACGCGCAACCUCUGCCCCCUUCGCCACCACAUCCUAACUCCCUGGCAGCCAUGAGUCGGAUCUACAACUUGGAGACGGUCGGAUCGAGGUCAGGCUUUUGUUUGAGAGACAGGAACUUGGACGUGUCGUCAGUGCAUCUUGUUAGGGUGAAGCCCCUCAUCUCAGCACAUGCUCAACACGGGGAUGUUAAGUUGUUCUCGGGUGAAGACAAGAAUGUUCAGGACAGAUCGCUCCAUAAGGAGAAAGAGAUGAAAGGACCCCAAAGAAAAGGAUUGAAAAAGGACCAGUUGAAGGAUCAUGCCAAGACUGAGGAGGUAGAUCAGGAAACACUUGACAUGAACGCCAAAGUACGUCCCAGGCGUGUUUUUUCUCCAACAUCUCAGCUCAAGCAACCAAACCCAAUUAAUACCUCACAUCUCAGGAGCCGAUCCCCAGACAGAUCUCUGAAACCCUCAGACUGUGCACCAACUCCGGCUCCCUCUCCAUGUUACCCGUCUCCUGCUGCCUCCCCCACCGCCUCGCCGACUCGCUUUUCCAUCCGCAGUGCCUCUGGCGGUCACGUAAAGAGAGGGGCCACCGUUACAAUCGAGCCGAAAAAGUCCACGGGAGCAGGAAGAACAACUGACUCUAUGACGCUGUCCGUCACCGUGGCGAGCAACAAUGCAAAAACGCCCCAGCAGCAUCAGACAACAACUUCAACUGAUGCUGAGCCCAUAAAGAAGAAGUAUCCGGCAGUGGAGGAAAUCGAAGUGAUUGGCGGAUAUCAGAACCUUGAAAAGUCCUGCCUUGUGAGAAGCAAAGGGACUCAGAAACGGGGGAAGGUGUGUUUUGAUGAAGACCGGCUGGAGCAGGUAUGUGAGUACCCGUCGGAGACCUCCAUGUGGACGUCCACCACUGUCACCCACGACCCCGUGAUGGCCGAGACAACAAAGGGAGAGGAGACACGGGAGGAGGAAGCGGACGGAGGAGCCAUGUUGUCGAAAGGCUCAAGGAAUUUGAGUACUGCAAUGGGACUUGGUCUACGAGUGGAUGAGUCUCGCCCCCCGGUAGACGCCACUCGCCUCGCCAAAAUUCCUGUGUGACGCAAUCAGCGUUUUUUUUAGCUGUUUUGAAAGGUAAUCGCAAUCUCUGUGUUGUGUUUGUCAUAGCAACAGUGUAAGGGGGAGUGUGAAAUGUACACAAUUUAUUGUUAUGUUUAUAUUUAGUUUUAUUAUCAGACUGUAUCACGCGUCAUGUCAGCAGUUUAACUGUGCACGGGGGUAAACGAUCACUUGUCUAUGCAAUGUAUUUUCACGAGAUACCGUAUUUGAUAGGGUAGCGUGGUGGCUUAGUGCUUAGCCAACUUCCUUGAUUUGCUUAGUCACCCGUAACACAAAGCAGAGAAGUGUAUGUUUUGUUCGGAUAGUUUUAGCAUCUGUAAUGUACAAAACCCAAAACCAGUGAAGUUGGCACAGUGUGUAAAUCGUAAAUGAAAACAGAAUACAAUGAUUUGCAAAUCCUUUUCAACUUAUAUUCAUUUGAAUAGACUGCAAAGACAAGACAUUUAAUGUUCGAACUGAGAAACUAAUUUUUUUUUGCAAAUAAUCAUUAACUUAGAAUUUAAUGGCAGCAACACAUUGCAAAAAAGUUGGCACGGCCAUUUUUACCACUGUGUUACAUGGCCUUUCCUUUUAACAACACUCAGGGGGGCAUCCAUGAAAAAGACGUUGAUUGGAUGGCAACAUAUGUUGCUCCAAAACCUGUAUGUACCUUUCAGCAUUAAUGGUGCCUUCACAGAAGUGUAAGUUACCCAUGCCUUGGGCACUAAUCCACCCUCAUACCAUCACAGAUGCUGGCUUUUGAACUUUGCGCUUAUAACAGUCCGGAUGGUUCUUUUCUUCUUUGGUCCAGAGGACACGACGUCCACAGUUUCCAAAAACAAUUUGAAAUGUGGACUCGUCAGACCACAGAACACUUUUCCACUUUGCAUCAGUCCAUUUUAGAUGAGCUCGGGCCCAGCGAAGCUGGCGGCGUUUCUGGGUGUUGUUGAUAAAUGGCUUUCGCUUUGCAUAGUAGAGUUUUAACUUGCAUUUACAGAUGUAGCGACAAAAUGCAGUUACUGACAGUGGUUUUCUGAAGUGUUCCUGAGCCCAUGUGGUGAUAUCCUUUACACACUAAUGUCGCUUUUUGAUGCAGUACAGCCUGAGGGAUCGAAGGUCACGGGCAUUCAAUGUUACGUGCAGUGAUUUCUCCAGAUUCUCGGAACCUUUUGAUGAUAUUACGGACUGUAGAUGGUGGAAUCCCUAAAUUCCUUGCAAUAGCUCGUUGAGAAACGUUGUUCUUAAACUGUUCAACAAUUUGCUCACACAUUUGUUGACAAAGUGGUGACCCUCGCCCCAUCCUUGUUUGUGAAUGACUGAGCAUUUCAUGGAAGCUGCUUUUAUACCCAAUCAUGGCACCCAUCUGUUCCCAAUUAGCCUGUUCACCUGUGGGAUGUUCCAAAUAAGUGUUUGAUGAGCAUUCCUCAACUUUCUCUGUCUUUUUUGCCACGUGUGCCACCUUUUAUUAAACCUGUUGCAGGCAUCAAAUUCCAAAAUUAGCUAAUAUUUGCAAAAAAUAACAAAGUUUGCCAGUUCGAACGUUAAAUAUCUUGUCUUUGCAGUGCAUUCAAUUGAAUAUAGGUUAAAAAAGGAUGUGCAAAUCAUUUUAUUCUGUUUUUAUUUACGGUUUACACGUGCCAACUUCACUGGUUUUAAAAUGGACCAAAUUGGCCCCAGCACACUCCUGGUGUAAAUUGUCCAUAGGUGUGAAUGUGAUGGGAAAUGUUUGUCUAUAUGUGCCCUGUGAUUGGCUGGUGACCAGUCCAUGGUGUACCCAGGCUGGGAUAAGCUCCAGCUCAACCGCAAGGAAGGACAAGCGCUGUAUUGUGGAAAACAGAUUUUUGACUUCAGUACAUUUUUAUGUCAUCUUUGUGCCUGGGGUAUGAACUUGACCUGUACCGACGAUGUGAAGAUCCCUUCAAGCAGACAUUUUAGGUUUAGGGGGAAAAAAUGGUCUCAAUGUGCUAUGUGACUUUUUCUGUUCAUGUAGAAGUAGCAAAAACUGGACAGGAAAAUGUGUGCUUUAUAAAUAUACAGCCGCUGUUAGACUGUAUUUUAAUUGACACAAACAUGGUAAGUUGUAACAAAUAAAGUCUCUAUGAAUUAUGUCUUUAUGAAUUUUUGAAGAAGCUGGCUUCAAAGAGAAAAAUGGAAUAAAUGUUAAAGAAAAUCUUUGUUUUU